AUGGACACUCUUAUAAUGGUAUCGAUCAUGACCCUAGUUCUCUUUGCUAGCUCCGGACCCGCGCGUACCGCCACUCUUAUCGUAUCCAACCAGAUGCAGAAACGUGCUAAUGUUCCCGUCUUCGUCACAUGUCAAGGCUCAGGUUCUAAGAUGUAUAAACCCGUCCCUUUGGGUCAACUGCUGAUGAUAGAGAUUACACCUACUAGCAAACCAAAUGCAACUGAUGAUAUCACACCCACUGCUGGGAAAAAUGAUAAACCAGUGGGAUUUAGAGUGUCGCAGGAGAUGAGUUGUGUAGGUACGUUUUACCGCGAAUCACGGGGCUUGCGCACUCAGCCAUGGUACACAUUGAAGAGCUCAGACAGAGAGUCGGUCGUGUGUAAAGAUGUAUGUGUCGUCGUUGCCAAAGACAAUGGGUUCUACCGUUGGAACAAUGUCAAGAAUACUUGGGACGCGAUUAUAAUGGAAAGGUUCUUGUAA